AUGGCCACACGCUCAAACUCCCUUUCCCUCCAAAUCCUACUCACUUUCUUGAUCUUCUUCUCAUGUCCCUUGAUUUCCAUGUGUCUGAAAGUGGAAAAACAAGCCCUGUUGGAAUUCAAGAGACAGUUGGUUGAUCCUCUCAACUACCUCGAAUCGUGGAAAGAUUCCGAUUCCGAUUCCGAUCCAGAUUCUGAUUGGCAUUGCCGUUUUUACGGAGUUCUCUGUGAUCAAGAAACCGGGUUCGUCACAGAAAUCUCACUGGACAACAAAUCCCUUUCGGGAGUUAUAUCGCCAUCGAUUUCGCUUCUGACGAAUCUAACUUCUUUGGUAUUACCCUCCAAUCAGAUCACGGGGGCUCUUCCAGCCGAGCUGAAAAACUGCGUAAAUCUCGAAAAUUUGAAUGUCUCGAAUAAUGCCAUGAAUGGCACUGUUCCUGACUUGUCGGGCCUCAAGAAGCUGGUAGCUCUCGACUUGUGUGAUAACGAGUUUUCCGGGCCCUUCCCUGGAUGGCUCGGGAACUUGACGGAGCUUACGUGGCUCAGUUUGGGCGAUAACAGCUUCGAGGAGGGCAAAAUCCCGGAGAAUAUCGGCAGUUUGAAGAAGUUGAACUAUCUCUAUUUAGGAGGCUCUAACUUGAGGGGCGAAAUACCUGAGUCGAUAUUCGAGCUCCAGGCGUUAGGCACGCUUGAUAUAUGCCGGAACAAAAUAUCCGGCGAGCUGUCCCGGUCGAUCGGGAAAUUGAAGAGCUUGUUCAAGAUCGAGCUCUACUGCAACAAUCUAAUAGGACGAUUGCCAGACGAGCUAGCCGAGCUGACCCUUUUGCAGGAGAUCGACGUCUCGGUAAACCGAAUGUCGGGCGAGAUUCCUUAUAGGAUGGGGAAUCUUACGAGGCUAACCGUCUUUCAUGUCUUUCGGAAUAAUUUUUCCGGCGAGAUACCGGCCGGUUUUGGGGAGAUGCGUAAUCUAAUCUCGUUUGCGGUGUACAUGAACGGGUUCACCGGCCCGGUCCCUCGGGAUCUCGGCCGUUUCUCGCCGCUGGACACUAUCGAUAUAUCGGAGAAUAGGUUCUCCGGUCCCUUGCCGGAGUAUCUCUGCCAGAAAGGGAGCUUGCAGAAGUUGCUGGCCAUUGGAAACGAAUUUUCCGGCGGCUUUCCGGAGAGUUACGCCGAAUGCACCUCUUUGAAGAGGCUGAGGGUCAGUGGAAACCGGCUCGAGGGUCCGGUUCCGGUUAAGGUGUGGGCCCUACCGAACGCCGAAAUGCUCGAUUUUAGCGGAAACAACUUCUCGGGGGACAUAUCGGGCGAGAUAGGAGCUGCUUUCCAGUUAAAGGAGUUGAUCCUCUCGGAUAACCGGUUCUCCGGCGAGCUGCCGGAAGAGCUCGGGAAGCUCGUGCAAGUCGAGCGAAUCUCUUUGAGCAACAAUGAAUUUUCCGGCGAGAUCCCGAGCGAGUUCGGCGGUUUGAAACAGAUAACAUCUCUGCAAAUGGACUCGAACGCGUUCACUGGAUCUAUACCUCCCGAGCUAGCCAGCUGCCCGAGGCUGGUCGAGUUGAACCUCGCCUCGAAUUCUCUGACGGGAAGAAUCCCGAGCGGUUUUUCAAGAAUGACCUCGUUGAACUCGCUGAACCUAUCGAGAAACGGGCUCACGGGCCCUAUCCCGACGGGUUUCGACAAGCUGAGGCUCUCGCUCGUUGACCUCUCCUACAACCAUCUCUCGGGAAGCGUCCCGACUUAUUUCAUGAAUGUGGCCGGUGAUAAGGCCCUGUUUGGGAAUCAAGAUUUAUGCGUGGAUGACGAAAACGAGAGCACGAAGAGGUUGGUGAAUUCGAAACUCGGUUUUUGCAGGGGGAAUAAUAACGGUAACAAACGGUUCAUCUUCGAGAGCAAAGUAGUUAUCAUCUGCACGAUUUUGCUAGCUCUCGUCGUUUUACUGCUCGGGUUAAUGCUCGUGGGUUAUAGGAACUCGGAGUGGGCUGAGGACGAGAAGGACUAUAGUCCCAACUGGAGGAUCAAGAUUUUCCAUAAGAACGAGUUCGAAUUUGACGUAGAUGAAUUAUGCGAAACGGACGAGGAGAAUCUGAUAGGGUCUGGGAGUACAGGGAAGGUCUACCGGCUCGACUUGAGAAAAGGCACUAGCUCGGUGGCCGUUAAGAAGCUGUGGAAAGGUAGUGGUGUCAAGUUAAUGGAGUGUGAAAUGGAGAUAAUGGGAAAUAUUCGGCAUAGAAAUAUAUUAAAACUUUACGCGUGUUUAACGAGAGGGUGUUCGCAUUGUUUGGUUUUCGAGUACAUGGCGAACGGGAGCCUUUUCCAAGCCUUACGAGGCGAGAUAAAGUUCGGUCAACCGGAGCUUGACUGGUGCCGGAGGUAUAAAAUCGGGCUUGGCGCUGCAAAAGGGCUCGCGUAUUUGCAUCACGACUGUCGCCCGCCGAUCAUCCAUAGGGAUAUAAAGUCGAGCAACAUUUUGCUCGACGAGGAUUAUGAAGCCAAGAUUGCGGAUUUUGGUGUGGCGAAGGUGGCGAAUCAUAUCUCUCACGGUGGUGGGUCCGAAAUGAGCUGUUUCGCGGGCACUCAUGGAUAUAUAGCUCCUGAGAAGGGUUAUUCACUCAAGCUGACAGAAAAAAGCGACGUGUAUAGCUUUGGGGUUGUCUUGCUGGAGUUAGUGACCGGAAAAGGGCCGAUAGAAGAGGAAUAUGGCGAAGGGCGGGACAUAGUACACUAUGUCUCGACUCAUUUUGACAGUAAAGAGAAUGUAUUGAAAAUUCUCGAUCGAAAGAUAGUUUGUGAGGAAGUUCGAGAUGACAUGAUUAAGGUCUUGAUGAUUGCUACUCGUUGCACGAGCAAGCUUCCGCAUCUAAGGCCGACUAUGAAGGAAGUUGUUAGAAUGCUAACCGAUGCGAAACCGGCCGGAUUCAAAUCUACGGAUAAUUUUGCCGGAAAAUGA